ACCGCGCUGUCGGCUUCAGUAGGUUCGAGUUGGCUGUCGAAUGUGUUCUACUACCACUAAUCUUGGUUAAGAUGUUGUCAUACAUUUGGGUCAGUUAUUGUGAAAUGCGUUGCUAUCAGCACAUAUAAAGCAUUCACGUUCUCAGUCAGUCGUUCUUUCUACGGUGGUGUGUGUAUGAGCGGCGUUGCCGACGAGAGAAAUCCCGUGCUGGAUUGUUGCGGAGGGCUGAAUAACGUGGAUUACAGUAAGGUGGACAUGUCAGUAAUGGAGGAGAUUCUGAAGCACAUAGACCUCUAUGACCCCAGGUUCUGUGUUGCUGUCAUCGCCAUCAUCUUCAACCCUUUCUUCUGGAACGUGGUGGCGCGUUGGGAGCAUCGUACGAGAGGUCUGACCAGACUGUUUGGGGGUCCCUAUCUGGCCUGCUACUGCCUAGGCACCCUCAUCAUCCUCCUCAACGUCUACCGCAGCCACAGUAUGACCGUGGCGAUGAAGGCCCAGGCGAGGUGGGAGGUGAUGGCCAGCCCAGAGGUGUUCUACGCGGGGGCAGCUCUCAUGGCCCUGGGCUCUAUCUUGGUGGUCACCAGCUUCCUGGCUCUCGGAUUCACUGGGACCUUCCUGGGUGACUAUUUUGGGAUCCUGAUGGAAAAGAAGGUGACAGGUUUCCCAUUCAAUGUAACUGAGAACCCUAUGUACUGGGGCAGCACUGCCAACUACCUGGGUCUCGCACUCAUGAAUGCCAGUCCGGUGGGGUUGGUGCUGACAGCAGUGGUAGCCAUCUCAUACCAAGUGGCCAUCAUCUUUGAGGGACCUUUCACAGAGGACAUCUAUCGACAGAGAGCACAGUGCUGCAAGCACAAAUAAAGAGGAAGGACGGACUGUGUUUGUCCAAGGAUCAUAUCUACAGAUCAGAGACUACCAGACUGACUACCAGGCCACACCACGUCAGCCUGCUACACAGAGCACGAGAGGGUGGGCUAGAGAGAGAGAGAGAGAGGGGAUUGGGGGUGUUUUUGCCUUUCUUGCAAAGAUCAAGUACACAGUCUUCCUCCUGGCCCAAUUCCAAGAUAUUCUACUUCUCUUUUUUAAAAACUUUGAUCCCUGCUUGCAGUAUUUUAAUAGCAAGUCCUAACAAAGCAAGGGCUGGAUCAAUCAUUUUCAGCUUUUAAAGGGCCCAUUGAAUGCUCUGUAGUUUUCAUAUUUCACACUAUUUAGUCCAACAAUAUUCUGAGAGUUUACGUAGCUAGCGUGUAGCUAUUAUCUCAAAAGCCGAUGACAAUCAUUCCAUAAAAUGUUCUGCAUGGCUAUGUUUGCAGAUUCCCAUGUAUCUUAAUGAAACUGUAAAUACAGAUCUGAUCCCAUAACUCUCUUAA